AUGGCGCACGGGGGUAGCAAAGGAGCAAAUGAGAGUGACGUCACAUCACCUGAUGUGGGGCAAAAGCUGUGUUUUGAUGACGAGACUUUGAAAGGUAAGGUAACGGCUACAAAGACCAUUACCAAGAUAUUCAUAUCAGCUUUUAACAUGUCCAAAGCUGACAUAUUUUUCUUAUUGUCUUACGAUCCUAGAAUAAAGACCAACAUGAGCCUUUUCGAAAGCUUGUGCCUUGAAAAAUAUAUGUCGCGUUAAGCGACAGUUCUCUGUAUAAAGUGCCUAGCUUCUAACAUAAAAAAAAUAAUUAUUAAAGCAAUUCUAGGCUUCAGUUUUGCGGAAAUUUUGUGUUUCUUUGGUGAAGUCUGCGCUCAGGAUACAAAGAUAUCUUUCUGCUGCAGGGUCUAUCGUAUGAAGGACAACUGCUAAAAAACGGCCUAUUGCGAUUUCUUUUCGCGUCUUGGGAAUUGUGUAAAUUUUGUCAAGUUUCUGCUGUUUUAUUGAUUUCGUUUAUUUCCUUGCAUAUUUUUGCGAGUUUUUUAAAAAUUCUUUCAUGAUAGAUGUCCUGCGGCAUUAUGUAAUAACGACGCAUUUCGGUAAUAACUUACGCUAUUUGUGACAAUGUUCUGACGCAAAGUGAAAUAAUUUUGUUUUUGCAAAAACAACAUACAAGCAAAUGAGAAAACGAAAAAUAAUGUUGCUUAAUUAGCAGCAAGGAGGCCCUAGUACAAAAGUAAUCCUAACGAGUCGACGGCAUCGACGAGUUAAGUCAUGUUCAUGAAUACUGCCACAAGAAAUUUUAAUUGUUUAGAAAAGCGUUAAUUAAAAAAUAGAUACAACACGAUCCAUUAUUACUGACUCUUUUUUCGUUUCGUUCCACAUACUUACGUUUUGUUGUUGUUGUUGCUGUUAAUUAUUGUUUAUUCUCUGGUUCCCCUGGAACGAGAAAGAAGAGAGAGACCUGAGAACGAGGUUGUCUUAGUGCCUCAUAAACGAAGUGAACGAACCUGGUUUGCUUUCUUUGAAUAAACAUUAUGAAUCGUUGGUUCUCGUAUUUGGGCAGUUUUGAUGGAUUUUGCUUAAAUUCGAAACCCGGUCAAGUGAAUUUCAAUUAUCAUUUCUUACGCACCUUUCAAGUCGCCAAUUCAGUCGAACGAAUCAGGCCCAGUAAGAGUGAGAUCAUUUUGACGCAAUUCUCCUCUCGUAAGUGUUUCAUUUCGAAUGAAAUGCACGUGUGGAACUUCACCGGCCUUCAAACACAGUCAGACGCUCUAUCAUAGGGCCUUGUUUUGCAUUCCUCCUUCACUACAAAAACAAAAGUCCACUUUGUAAUCUCAAAAUACUAAAAUGCUAAAAUACUAAAAUUCGUUUUCUCUGUUGUUUGUAUGUUGUUUUAUGCAGACAUAGAAUUAUUACAAUUUGCGUCAGGACAGUGUUACAAAUUGCGUAGACGGACGAUUUUGAAAGGUGAACUGUUCAGCUAAGUUAAACAAAUUAGUGGUGUCUGACUGAGCGAGGGAAUUCAUCGGUGUUUACGAGUUAACAUGCAACAGAUUUGAGCAAACAGCACAACGAGGCAAAAAGGGUCAAAAUACAUGGUGUCCUUCUUCACUUUUAAGUGAAUUGUGAAUUGUGAAUUGUUAAAACAAUUAAUGAAUGGAGCUGAGUAUCUUAUGAAGAAUUAUGGAAAUCGAGGAGGGUGUUACGGCCUCGACGGAUAACACCCUCCGAGAUCUCCAUAAUUCUUUAUAUGAUACGAAAGCCGAAUUCAAUAAUUGUUCUAUUUUUCAUUCAAAAUAAUUCCUAGUUUAAAAACAUAGCUAAAACAUGCUUACCUCUAUUGCUGUUAAGUUCAUCUUCGAUAGUGCACGUUUAGGGUUGUUCAGCUCCGCAAAUAUUCUCCAAAUAAUAGAUGUCGCCCUUCAAGUUGUCUUCUUGGUGUUCUUGCCAUGUUUUUAGCUAUUAUUUCGCCUAGUUCUUACUCUUGAAACGAGUGAAAUGUCAGCCAUUUUUGUUUUCACAACCAAAACAACUCAACCUUGUCCCCAGGUCUUCUCUGUUAACCGUGCAUUAAUCUGCAAGAAAGCUGCACUUUUGACGUCAUCGGUUGAUUAAUCGGAAAAUUCUUCCAAAUUUUGUCAUCAGUAGUUGGUUAUGGUGAAUUAUGCGUGUGCUUUUAGCCAAUCAGAAUUGGGGAAUUAUUUUGAAUGAGUAGUAAUAUACAUUAAUAGUUUCUCAAUUUAAUUCAUCUCUAGCGAUAGCUGAGGUUUACUUUAACGAAGGUAAUGAAGCAUACAGAAAGAAAGAUUACAGCAAUGCCGUUUACUUCUAUACCGAGGGAAUUGAAAUUAACUGUAAGGAUGAAGAUCUCAAAGCUAAACUGUACAGCAACAGAGCAGUUGCACAUCUUAACUUAGGUGAGGCUAUUUUCAUUUUAAAAAUAGAAGGGGCAGAGCAGCCGAGUGGUCAGUACCUCGUAUUCGAAAUCCUGACGUAUCGAAUUUGUGCUCCGCUCCACAUGCUGGAUUUUUUUUCCCGCUAACCCCAAGUUCACUGAUUGCUCGACCGUGCUUGUAAAAUACAACUUGUCUGCCACCUGCCAGUUGGGGCUUUUAAUUAAGUUUUUUAUUUAGAAUAUAUUUUUGACUUUUUGAACGAAAGAAGAGCAUUUUCGUACUUGUUAUUUUUCAUUAACUCUUAUUACUAAUAGGUGUCGUACUAGUUUUAAAACCUCGCACUAUUCUUAAGAGAAGAAUAACGACGCAUUUUUUAACAAGCGUUGCGGCAUUUUGUUACAACUUACGCAUAUUGUCAUAAGAGCUGUGGCAUUUUGUAAUAAAUGGAGGUUACCCAUUUUGUAAGCCGUAUUAAUCAUUGGUUACUAGUUAGCUAGUUUUAAUAAAAUAUAUUAUUAAUUUUGCUUAAAUUUAAAGACCCCUUCAAUUUCAAUAAUAUUUCUAAUACACCUUUAGAAGUCAGACAAUAUUUUGUAAGCUUGAGUUGCAUGUUCUUAGACAAGAAAACCUUGCUUCAAGGAACUGCGCCCGCUUCAUUACAAAAACGCCGCAGUUCUUAUUACAAAAUACGUAAGUUGUUACAAAAUACAGUAACCCUUGUUACAAAAUGCGUUGUUACUAGAGAAUGUGUUUUUUUAUUCCUUUAUCACGGCGUUUUUUCUUUUUUUGCAACACUCAUAGGAAAUUACAGUGGCUCACUUAGCGAUGCAAAAGUUGUCAAGGACAUACGACCACUGUUUAUCAAAGCAAUAACAACAGGUAAUUUCAGAAAGAUCAUAGACUCCAAGAAACACUCAUAG